CAAAUGUCCAACUCAUUCAAAGAUGCGGGUCUCCGCCAUUUUUGUGGUAUUUAUCCGUUACUUGCAAUGAAAUGCUCCUGAAACGCUCGAUUACACGUGCGGAUGGUUGCUAGGCUACAUGUCUGCGUGCACAACAAUGACUAACGAUGACGACAAGCAGAACGUGGCCACCAACUUCGUGCACAUCCUGGAGGAUCACGGUGAGAACCUGCGCAACCAGCUUUACCAGCAGUGGCUCAGGGGAGAGCACUGCGACCUCGUCAUCAAGUUCAAGGACGGCGAGAUCAACGUCCACAGCGCCGUACUGUUCGCCGUCAGUCCCACCCUGGAAGAACUGCCCAAGAAGAAGCCCAUCAGAUACCUCAACAUGCCGGACAUGGAGUUAUCGGAUCUCGAUCCCCUCAUUAAAAUGGCCUACACUGGAGUUCUGUGUGUAGAUAUGCAGUAUGCGGAAGGCGUUGCUAUGGCGGCAAGGAGGCUGGGUAUGAAGGACAUAUGUUUGGCUAUUCGUGGCUAUUUAGAUAAAUAUCAGAAAAACCCAUCAAACGGGCCCAUUAUAGUUUCGUCCCAGAAAUUGGACUAUGGUGAUAAAAGUGCAGAAAAUAGUAUUAAAAGAAACGAGAAAGCAUUUCACAAAACACGACAAAUGAAGAAUAAGGUGCGUAAACUAAAUUUGGGAAAAAAGAGACUUCACAGGAAAGAAAUGAAAGGAAGAAAAUAUUCCAACAAGAAAAUCCCACUCAAGUCAUACGGUGACGGAGAAAGCAUUCAAAAUGGCGACUCUGUAACUGAGAAAGACAGCGACGAAAGCAUACCAUCACUCCAGAAAGAAAUCAAGAGAGAGGAAGAUGUGGAAGCUGAUGAAUAUUCCACCAUGGAAAGUCAUUCUGGGAAAACAGCUGAAGACUUUGAUGAAUCAGGAUCAGAGACUGAAGACUAUGACGAGGAUAGCACGUCUGGCGUGGAAAUGAUGGUUGAUGAUACCGACCCUGAAUACAAACCAACGUCAUACGUCAGCAAGACUCUAUAUGGCAACAAAGAUAGAGUCAUCGACCUCGGCGAAAUGAAAUUCGAAGGUGUAGCGAUGACAUCACCUAAAUUGGCUUUUUUAGGUCGAAGAUCUAAGUCGAAGCGACGACGUAGAAACGAGCAAGGCAAGCUGAAGUGCCCUGGUUGUGAUGCGGUGUUCGACGCUGAGGUUGACCUCAAGAAGCACGUGCAGUCCGAGGAGGCGCACAUGCUGUUCCGGUGUCCGGAGUGCGAGCUCAGCUACAUCCGGAAGUCGAACCUGACCCGCCACAUGAGGACGGCGCACUCGAAGGAAUUCCACCUCAAGUGUCGUUACUGCGACAGCGUCGCCAACACCGAGAAGGGGCUGCGGGAACACUGCAGGACGAGACACAACAACCCAAACCCUUUCGAGUGUGACGAGCCCAACUGCACGUACAAGACGUACAAGUACGACUUCCUGCGCCGGCACUUACAGAUCCACAACACCAAUCGAGAAUUCGUCUGCGACAAAUGUGGGAAGACGUUCUCCCAGCACGCGGGCCUGGCCAGCCACAGACGCACGUGCUACCAGCUCCAGGAGUACCUCUGUGACUUCUGUGGCCAGGCGUUCAACCACAUCCAGAGCAUGAAGUCCCACAGACGGACGAUCCACCUGGGGGAGAGACCCUUUAUGUGUAGUGAGUGCGGGUCCAGAUUCACGGACCACAGGAAUCUGAAGCGGCACAAGCGAAUCCAUGAAAACAGCUUCCCCUAUUCGUGUGAGAUAUGCGGACAGAAAUACAGACAUUCUAAUUCUCUGAAGGGACAUAUGAAACGACACGGAGAUUCUUUCUUACACCAUGGCAUCAGUUCCAAACAAGAUGGUAAAGAAAGCGUUGAUUCACGAGCCGCCGAAAACUCGGCUAGUGGCAAUCUUUCUUUUCCUAAUCUGUAUUCUCAAACCUUCACACCUAAACCACAAGAAAUGCUUGAAGCCCAGUACCAAACCAAGACCAGUGUUGAUCACACGAACUUAAGCUUCAAUAGCAGAGUCGCGGAGUUAUCUUCUCAUAAAUAUCCCAAUGAUUCGGAGAUACCUGCUCCUAAAUAUCCAACUGAUGCAGACAUACAUAUGCAACUGAACUUUAACAAACAUCAAGAGUUACCUUCCCACGAAUUUCGGCAUAAUCCAGAUGCUAAUCCACAUGGUGAUUAUAAUAAAGAUUCGGAGUUACCUCCCCAUUUAUACAUUCCACUGUACAGGGCAAAAUCGAACAAUGACUGUACUACAGACAUAAGUCAGACUGAUGAAUAUUCAUCAGUACAAAACCAGAGUCAAAAUUCAGAACUUGGCGAUCUGGCGGAUCUGUGCAUGACAUCCAAUUUAUAAAGACAAAAUAACCAUAACAUAUUUAACAUGGGCUAUACGAGUUUUUCUCAUCUUUUUAUUCUCUCUCUCUCUCUCUCUCUCUCUCUCUCUCUCUCUCUCUCUCUCUCUCUCUCUCUCUCUCUCAUAUGUUAAUGAAGCACAUCUACAUUUGUUUAUUUGUUUUUUUCGUUGUUUUUGUUAUCAGAGGUGUUGU